AUGCAUAAAAAAAUAAACUUGUUUACAGAUGUGGAAGACGUAACUGCAAAAACCUGUAGCUUUAGUUGGAUUGCUCCGGAAGAUGAUGGCGGUGCAGACAUCAAUGGCUAUGUAAUGCUGCGUAGAGAACUUGGACGUAAAAAAUGGACUAAAAUUAAUUCUGAUGUUAAGUCUGACGUCUUCAAAUACGAGGCAACUGAACUUUUCGAUGGCCGUGAAUAUGAGUUUGGAGUUUCUGCUGUAAACAAAUAUGGCAUUGGUGAGCCUGCUUCUACCACCGGUGUAGUAGCAAAAGAUCCGUUUAGUGCACCAUGCCCUCCAGAUGCGACUGACGUUUGUGACGUCACCGAAAACUCUAUGACUGUUAUGUGGCAUGAACCUCGUUCAGAUGGUGGAAAGGUUGUAAGUGGUUAUUAUGUUGAAAUGAGAGCAGGAUCUGACGGUAGCUGGAUAAGAUUGAAUAAUGAAGCACUGGAUGCUGAAACAUUUUCAUAUCAUGUUGAUGGUCUUCAGAAAGACGAGGAAUAUUAUUUCAGAGUCCUUGCAGAAAACAUUGCUGGAAUUAGUAAAGCAAGUGAACCAAGUGAGCCGGUGAUGGCCAUCAGUCCUAUUGAGCCACCGAGCCGACCUGGAAAACCAUCUCUUCUUGAGAUAAACAAAACUAGCUGUAAACUAUUCUGGAGUGAACCCGAAUUGGAUGGUGGAUGCCCUGUUUCACAUUAUGUCAUUUUGUUGAAAAAACGUGAUGUUGGUGCCAAUGAAUGGAAAGAAGAUUUUAUUACUUGGGAAGCUAAUGUUAAGACUAAUGAACAUGAAGUUGUUGAUCUAAUACAAAGAAAUAUGAAUACAGCUUCAAGUAAGAAGGUUUAUGCUGUCAACAAAGCUGGUCAAUCUAUCACAAGUGAAGAAUCUGAUACUGUGACUUGCAAGCCUAAAGUAACUGCACCAGAUUCCCCAAGAGAACUUAAAAGUGCCGGAACUACCAAAACCUCAGUCACACUUCAGUGGAUGAUGCCUGAUCAUGAUGGCGGCAGUGGCAUAACGGGAUAUGUUUUGCAAAAAAGAGAACAGCGAAGACAAAAUUGGCAAGAUGUUGUAUCUAUUGAAUCUACUGAAUACACCGAAGAUAAUCUGAAGGAGGGCUCUUCUUUCGAGUACAGAGUAGCUGCUGUAAACGCAAUUGGGCAAAGUGAAUGGAAUCAGUGCAAAGCUGUGACAGCUGCUUGCUUGUACAGUGUUCCAGGAAAACCCAGAUCACUUAGAACGACCAGUGUAUCUCGUUAUGAUGUUGAUUUAGUUUGGCGUGAACCAGUCUUUGAUGGUGGAGCUGAUAUAGCUUGUUACAGCAUUGAAAAGAAAAAUGUCUCAGGACAACAGCAAUGGGUUGAGGUAGAGCGGACAAACGAUGCAACAUGUAAAUACAAGUGCGAAAAAAUCGAGCCAUUCGCUGAAGUUCAGUUCAGAAUUAUUGCCAUAAAUGAAGCGGGUUCUGGAGAACCAAGUGAACCAACACUGAAAUUUAUAGUCAGAGAUCCUAUAUUACCACCUGGCCAACCUACUAAUGUUACAAUGGUGACAACAAGCAUAUCAUCUGUUACUCUUAAAUGGUGUAUACCAUCUCUCAAUGGUGGAGAUGAUAUCUUGGGAUACUAUGUCGAACGUUGUCUGACUGGAGGAGAAGAGUGGAUUCGUUGCAAUGUGGUGCCUUUCUCCAAACCGUUAGGGGAGAUAACUGGUCUUCGUCAAGGACGCUCAUAUAAUUUUAGGGUCUGUGCUUACAAUUCUGCUGGACUAGGCAAAGCAAGUGGGGCAACUGAAGAGAUUUCAGUUGACCAUCCUGAUUGUGCACCAACCUGCACAAUUCUUGAUGAGAAUAUCAUUCUAAUUGUUUGCUGGAGAGAAGUUGCGACUGAAGAUCGUCCAGGUGAACCAGAAGAACCUAUCGUCAGUGAUAUAUGUAAUGAAUCAUGUGUGCUGUCAUGGAAAGCCCCGACGGACGAUGGUGGAAGUGCUAUCAUGUAUUAUUCUGUUGAAAAACGAGAAGUUGGACGUCGAACCUGGAAAAUUGCAACACAUAACACAGAUAAAACUACUUGGAAAGUUGAUGGCUUAAUUCGUAACCAGACUUACAACUUGAGGGUUACUGCAUAUAAACAAACGAACCAACAUCCAAAACAUUAUCUCUUUCUUGGCGGAAACCACUUCAUGAUGGUGGAAGCAUUAUUACUGGAUAUUGUGUGGAUUUCACUGAAAAAGACGGAUCAGAAUUGGAUUAGAGACAUUGAUAACUAUCCUAACACUGAAUACACUGUGGAAAAUCUGACGCCAGAACUAGAGUAUGAAUACAGAGUCUAUGCAAAGAAUAAAGCAGGUGUAGGUGAACCUGCACAACUUCCUCCAAUAGCAGCUAAGGAUCCUAUAGCUGCCCCAACCGUUCACUUUGCUUCUCAUUUGAAGAAAGGUAUAGAAGUUCGUGGAGGUGCAGAACUCACAUUAACUGCAACAUAUUCUGGUGUUCCGAAGCCUUCAAUAAGAUGGGUGCAAUAUGACAAAGAAGAAACUGAUGUUGUUUGCACACCAACAAGAAUAUUGAAAACAACUGACGACACAGUUGAACUUCAUCUUGGACCAUGCACAAGAGCUGAUAAAGGGAAAUACUUUAUUUGUCUCGAAAAUGAACAAGGUCGUGCCACUGCGUCUGUCGAAGUUUUUGUGACUGAUGUUCCAGAUAUUUGUUCUAUUCCAUGGACUUUUGAAGAUUCCACCAAAGAGGCAGUGACCAUUUACUGGAAGCCACCUGCUGACAAUGGAGGCUUUGAAAUACUCAAUUAUGUUGUGGAAGUCAGAGAAUCAAACAAGAAGAAUUGGUCUACACUGUCCGCGACAAUAACAUGUACAAGGUGGCGAGCACAAAAACUUGUGACAGGAACAGAAUACAUUUUUAGAGUAGCUGCAGAAAACAAGCUUGGAGUGGGACCAUGGCUGGAAUCUGAGCCUUAUGUGGCAAAAAUGGCAUUUGAUGAACCAGGUGCACCAGAAAAGCCAAAUGUUGUAGAUGUUACACGUAAAGCUAUGUUGGUAAACUGGAAUGAACCUAAUGAUGGAGGAAGCUCUAUACUUGGGUAUCAUUUGGAAAGAAAAGAUGUUGAAACUGGAAAGUGGACAAGAGUUGUUCGUGACCUGAUAAGAACAAAUGAAUAUCAAGUUAUCACUGGCCUUUAUGAGGAUUCAUCAUACCGGUUCAGAGUCUGUGCAGAAAAUGCAGCCGGUCUCGGAAACUUCAGCCCUGAAAGUGAUGUUUUCACUUGUCAAGAUCCAGCUAGUGUCCCUGCUCCUCCAUGUCACCUAAAAGUAACUGAUGUCACCAACAAUUCUGUAACUCUCAAAUGGGAAUUACCAAGUUAUUCUGGGGGUGAUUCACGCAUCUUCUAUGAAGUAGAAAGGCAGCUUGAAGAUGGGUCAUGGCAACAGUGCUUUGAAAAGAAGAUAAAUGCAUUAAGCUGUACUAUUACCUCAUUAGAAGAAGGCCAAGUAUGUAAUUUUAGAGUGAAAGCUGUCAACAGAGCUGGUGAAAGCAAACCUGCUGAAAUAGAAGUUACUGUUAAAGAAAAAAUUGUUCAUAGUGGUAAAAUGAUCGAAAUUAUGGCCAAUGUUACUGGAAGACCUGCACCUGAAAUAUCGUGGCAAAAGGAUUCUGAAUCUCUACCAUCUCAUGUUGAAGUUGUAAAAUCCGAAAAAGGUUCAUUAUUGAGAAUUCAAAAGUGCCAACGUUCAGAUUGGGGCCAAUAUACAGUAACCGCUAAGAAUGUCUGUGGAACCAAGACUACUACUUGUCUGGUGAAUGUACUUGAUAUCCCAGGACCUGUCAAGGAAUUCGAAACUGGAGCUAUUACAAAAUCAUCUGUUGCAUUGUCAUGGAGAGUACCAUCUGAUGAUGGAGGACUGCUUAUUACAAGAUACUUCAUUGAAAAACGUGACACAUCAAUGAAAGCAUGGCUAGCAGUCAAGGACACAGAGAAGUUUGAAGUUGAAGCAAGCAAUGUUGUUGUGGGCUGUACUUAUGCUUUUCGAAUAUGUGCUGAAAAUGAUGUUGGAAAAGGACCUUGGGUCGAGUGUCCUCCAGUGCUUUGCGAAGAUCCAUUAGAUGUACCUAGUCAUCCAGAGUACUUGAGAGUUGUAGAAAAAAAGAACACUUAUCUUUUGGUAAAGUGGAAUGCAUCCAGGACGAAUGGUGGUUCUGCCAUAAAAGGCUACAUGGUAGAUAAACAACAGCUAGGUCACAAAGAAUGGACUCCAUGCAAUAGCCGGCUCAUUGAGAAGACUGGAUUCAAGGUCGAAGAGCUCCUUACUGGUAUGAAGUAUGUCAUUAGAGUCAAGGCUGUAAAUAACAUUGGAGAAAGUAAUCCUGCUUUCACGCUACCAACAGAAGCUCUUGAGCCAGCAGCUUCACCUGAUGUCACAUUAGAUAUUGGUGCAAAUAAGACACUUCAAGUUCGUGCUGGUGAUUGCAUUCAUCUUCCAGCAGUAGUUCAUGGGGUACCAGAACCAGAAGUAAAAUGGGUGAAAGACAAGAAUACCAUUCUUGAGAAAGAGAGCGACCACAUGAAGAUUGUGAGAAAUGGCAAAGAGGCUACAAUAUUCAUACCAAAAUGUGCCAGACAAGAUGAUGGAAUUUAUCACAUAACAGCAACCAACUAUUUGGGAACCAAGACUGUCAGAAGCAUUGUAACUGUAUAUGAUGUACCGGCUGCUCCUCAAAAUGUCAGGUUGACUAAGGUCACAUCCGAAAACCUUGUUGUCCAGUGGGACCCACCAGUCGACAAUGGUGGGGCGGAGUUGUUUAAUUAUGUUGUUGAAAAGCGUGAAGGAAAAAAUAGAAACUGGAUUCCACUUACCAAUGCUGUGAUAGAGACAAAAUUCAGGGUCAAGAAACUAACUUUUGGAGUUGAGUACCAUUUCAGAGUUGCUGCUGAAAACCGAAUUGGUGUUGGUGCUUUUACUGAAUCUCCAUCUGCUGUAGCUAAAAAUCCAUAUGAAACACCUGAUAGUCCGGGUAAACCAAUUGCAUCAGAAAUAACAAAAUCUUCAAUGCUAAUUUCGUGGCAAACACCGAAGAAGGAUGGUGGUGCCGUAAUCGAAGGGUAUUGGUUAGAAGUUAGAGACAACGAUACAGCUAGAUGGAGGAAAGUGACACGCUCACCUAUAGUUGGAAAUACAAAGAAAUGCUCAUAUAAGAUCAACCAACUUGAUGCUGGUAUUGAGUAUCGCUUCAGAGUAAGUGCAGUCAACAAGGCAGGUGUGGGACCUAAAAGUGAAGACUCUGACAGUUAUAUAGCACAGAAUCCAAUCUAUCCACCUGGCCAACCCUUUGCCCCAAAGAUCACUGAUGUUUCUGCAACAAGCAUGUCUCUGACCUGGUUCCCUCCAAAAUUUGAUGGUGGAUCUGAAAUUACUGGAUAUUAUUUGGAAAGAUGUGAUGAGGUUGAAAUGGAUUGGGUGAAGAUCAUACUGGGAGAGUCCUCAAUGAUCAAUACAACCAAAGUCGUAGUCCCUAAUCUUCAAACUGGUUACAGAUAUCAAUUUAGAAUUACAGCUUGUAAUGUACUGGGUGCAGGUAUUCCAUCAAUGCCUUCAAGGAACACACAAGCCAGAGACAUUAUCGAACCUCCAUCAAUUUGUAUGAAUACUGGCCUGAGAAAUAUCCUGGAAGUGAGAGCUGGUACAACAAUUAAACUUGUUGCCAAUGUAUCUGGAUGUCCACAACCAAGUGUUCAAUGGAAAAAAGAUGAUAAAGAAAAUAUACCAGGAGAUUGUUUGCAAGAACGCAAUAAGGGUGGGGAUUAUUUUGUCCAAAUUCAUAACUGCAAUCGCAACCAUAGUGGAACAUACACCAUUGUUUGCCAAAACUCUGGUGGUUCCAGAUUUACAUCAUGCAAAGUCCAAGUCAUUGAUACACCGGGGCAGCCAGAAAAUAUGGAUAUUUCACAUGUGACAAGCAGAUCAGCCACAUUGCAUUGGAAAGAACCUGGAAAUAAUGGUGGCUCAAGAAUUCAAAAAUACAUUGUUGAAAAGCGCAGAGGAGAUGCAACCACAUGGACAAAAGUUGAAUCUGCUCUUUCUAUCACAGAGUGUGUAGUUAGUGAUUUACUGCAUGGAUAUGAAUAUGAAUUUCGUGUGUGUGCAGUCAAUGCAACAGGCCAGGGACCUUACAUUGUCAGUAGUAAACCCACACUUAUUGCUGAUCCGGUUACAACUCCGGAUGCUCCAACUUUGCUGAAAGUUAUAUCGAUCACUGCCACAACAGUUUCCCUCAAAUGGGUCGAAUCAAAAUCUUAUGGUAACCUACCUCUCAAAACAUACUUGAUACAACAACUUGGAAAGGGUACUGAAGGAGAGGAGAUCUGGAACAGAUGCAACAAAGAAGAUGUUCUCAGCACUGAAUACACAAUUAAAGGUAUCAGCAAGAACGAACAACCAGAGUUUCGUGUUUUGGCAGUCAAUGACGUCGGUUCAAGUCCUCCGUCCAAUAAAGUUGGACCUGUAGAAUGCAAAGAUGAUAUUGUUUUUCCAGUAAUUGAAGCUGUGGAAUUUUAUGAGUUUGAAUUUGGUUGUGAUGUUGAAAUCUCUGCCAAAUUUGUGGGAUUUCCAAAACCAGUGAUAACUUGGCAAUAUUUUGAACAAGAGAUCAAAAAGUCGGAAAGAAUUUCGCUAACAAUUACAUCAUCAGAGACGCAUCUCAGAAAAACCAAGGCUGUCAGGUCUGACACAGGAUUAUACAUUGUCACUGCCAAAAAUAUUGCCGGAAAGGUAUCGAAGUCUAUAAAAGUCAAUGUUAUUGGGAAACCUGGCCCACCAAGCAAACCUUUUGAAUUCACAAAAGUGUCAUCUUCCACUAUUGCCUUCUUUUGGAACCCAGUCCAAGAUGAUGGUGGUAGCCGCAUCAAAUAUUAUGCUGUGGAAAAAAGAGAAAUUGACAGAGAUAGUUGGCAUCCUGUGGCCUGUCCUAAGGACUUGGCUAUUACAGAUACUGAGCUAAUGUCUGGAAAAGAAUAUAUCUAUCGAAUAAGAUCUAUUAAUCAACAUGGAUGCAGCACUUGGCUUGAAACAGAUCCGGUUCUAGCUAAAAAUCCAUGCGAACGACCGGAGAGACCAGAUAAGCCUAGUGUAAAAGGUGUUACUCGUGAUGCCGUAACGGUAUACUGGAAUGCUCCAGAAAAUGAUGGUGGAUCUGUAAUCACGUCAUAUGCUCUUGAAAAAAGGUCUCGCCUCAACAGAAAUUGGAGAAAAGUGACUACUGAAAAGAUUAUGGGUACUCAAUUUAGGGCAGGCUGCUUGCAAGAAGGACAAGAAUAUGUUUUCAGAGUUGCAGCGAUAAAUGAGGCUGGGCAAGGAGACUUCAGUUUAGUAAGCAGUCCUGUCAUUGCUGCUAAUCAAAUAGACUGUCCUGGUUCCCCAAAGCCCAUCGUCACAAACACCACAAAAACUACAGUAUCUCUAGCAUGGAAUAUACCUGAUAGUGAUGGUGGCUCAAGAAUUAAAGGAUAUGUAGUGGAAAGGAAAGAUGAAGAUGAUGAAGAUUGGUUGAAAAUCACUGGCCAUGAGCUUCGUUCAACAAGUUUUGUAGCAGGGGAAUUAAAGGAAGGUGGAAGAUACAACUUCAGAGUUUCUGCUAUUAAUGAUGCUGGUAGAGGGCUGCCUGGACUUAUACCAGAAAUUGUUGUAGUUGGAGAUAAGCAUGAAGCUCCAGUUGCAAACUUUGACUCUACUAUCAAGAAAAAUAAAAUUCUGGCUCGUGCUGGAGAGACUAUACGCCUGAAUGCUGUAAUUGAUGGCAAACCAGAUCCAUAUAUUCUCUGGAAAAAAGAUGAUGAACAAUUGCCUGAAGAAGCAAGGCUGCAUGACUCAAGCAGAACUGUUGUAAUCAGAAAUUGUCAACGCCGCCACACUGGCUGUUAUGUAUUAAAAGUAGUAAAUCCAGCUGGGGAAUCUCAAUGUCAAGUUGACGUCUCUAUACAAGAUAUUGCUGGUCCUUGCAUUGGUCCACUCUCACAAUCUGAUAUAACCAAACACACCGUGACAUUGUCUUGGGAGGCACCAGAAGAUGAUGGUGGAUGCACAAUCACAAAUUAUGUUAUUGAAAAGCGUGAAUCUUCUAGGAGAUCUUGGACACGUGUUCCCAUGGUGGUAACCAGAACUACAGCAGUUGUGAGGAGCUUGAUCGAAAAUGAAUCGUAUAUGUUUCGCGUAUCUGCUGAAAAUAUCAUUGGUGUUGGCCCAACUUUGGAAUCCAGCCUUCCUGUGACUGCAAGGGACCCAGUGUCAACUCCUGGCCGACCAGAGGAAAUUCGUGUGUCUGAUGUCACAAAAGAUUCUGUAACUCUUGAGUGGAAACCUCCCGUAUUCGAUGAGAAGAAAACAACAAUAAACGUCAAGAUUCUUGGCAAACCAAGUGCUCCUGUGGGACCUGUUGCAUUCCCCCAAAUUGCAAAAGAUUUUUGCCGUCUGUCAUGGAAUCCACCUAUAGAAGAUGGCGGAGCAGAAAUCACUCACUAUAUUGUUGAGAAAAAGGACAUGUCUCGAAUAAGUUGGGUACCAGUUUACGAAACAUUGGAAAAGACCAGUUGUGCUGUAAAGAAAUUAAUGUCUGGUAGUGAGUAUAUGUUCAGAGUCUCCGCUGUAAACAAGUAUGGCAUUGGACCUGCAUUGUUGUCAUCGAACAUUGUUGCCAAAAACCAAUUCAGUGUUCCAGAGGCUCCCGGUGCUCCAGAAGUUAUUUCAACGACCAAAGAUUCUGUUUGCAUUAUAUGGACAAGACCGGACAGUGAUGGUGGGUCUGAUAUCACCAACUAUAUUGUUGAAAGAAGACAACCACAGGGACGAUGGCUCAGAUGUACAAAGGACAAGUCAUUAUCUGAUCUUCGAUACAAUGUCACAAGCCUGCGUCACUUGUCAUAUUUCGAGUUCAGAGUGUGUGCGGAAAAUGCUGCUGGGUUGGGAGCAUUUAGUGACGCCAGCAUUCCAACCAAAGUGCAAGAACCUCUUUAUCCUCCAGCUGCUCCAGCACGUUUAAGAGUAACAAAUAUUACAAAUUGUAGUAUCAGUCUUGCUUGGAGUGUCCCUACAUAUGAUGGUGGCUGUCCAAUUGAUGGAUAUAUUUUAGAAAUGGCUGAAAGUGUAACUGAUGAAGAAGAAAAUUGGGAAAAGGUUCACAAAUCCAAAUACAUAAAAGCAAUGGAAUAUAAUGUUGUAGGAUUGACGAAGGGUCGUGAAUACAUUUUCAGAGUGUUUGCUGUAAAUGAAAUAUCUGAAAGUGAAGUGCCAGCAAAGAUAUCUGACCCAAUAGUGACUAAAGACAUUCUCGAAGAGCCUGCUAUUGAACUCUCUGAAAAUCUGAAUAAAGUCCUAUGUGUGAAAGCAGGAAGGUCUCUGAUCUUACAUGUUGGAAUCACAGGUCGCCCAGUUCCUUCUGUCACUUGGUCGAAAACACCUUGUGGCGAAGAUUUAGAUGAAAGAUCAACAAUAGAGGGUCAUCCAAAAUCCAGUGUUUUAAAGAUUGCAAAAUGUGAUCGUUAUGAUGCAGGAAUAUACACCGUUACAGCAGAAAAUUCUUCUGGCAGGAAAGAAGCUAAUAUCACAGUUAAAGUAUUAGAUACCCCAGGAAGAGUAUCUACUAUUGAAAUAGAAGAAGUCACAAAGAGCUCUGUGACAAUAUCAUGGAAAUCACCAGAAAUUGUUGGUGGUAGUGAUGUUAAAAGCUACGUUAUUGAAAGGCGUGAACAGACAAGACGGACAUGGAACACUGUUGAGAAUAGAUGCACUUCAACAUCAUUUAAAGUUGAUGGUCUUCAAGAGGGAGUAAGAUAUUAUUUCAAAGUAACACCAGAAAAUGAGUUUGGAAUUGGAGAAGAACGAGAAACUGAAAAAUCUGUUUUGGCGUGUGAGCAACCUUCACCGCCAGCAAGUAUAGAGGUUACAGAUAUUACCAACAAUAGUGUAACCUUGCUUUGGAAGUCACCUUGCCAAGAUGGAGGAACACCUAUUGAAGGAUAUCAACUCGAAGUAAAAGAGAAAGACACUGACAAAUGGAAAAAUGCAGGAAGCACAUCUCAGCUGAAGCAUGUAGUAAAAGGUCUCAAGGAGGGAAAAGAUUACUUUUUUAGAGUAAAAGCAAAAAAUGCCAGUGGAUUUGGAGAACCGAAAGAAUUACUGUCAUCUGUCACCAUUAAAGAACAACCAGAAAAACCUGCAAUCAAAAUUAUCGACUCUUCAAAGCACGUAAGCAAAAAGGGGGGCGAGGAUAUCUUACUGAAAUUUUCAGUCUGUGGAAGACCACAACCAGCCAUCACUUGGCACAAAAAUGCUGCUGCUUUGGAACAAUCUAAAAGAAUAAACUUCGCUACUGAUGAUGGUGUAACAACUCUAGCAAUAAAGGAAGCCAAAGUGGAAGAUUUGGGCGAAUACAAAUUGACUGCAACAAAUGACGUUGGAAAGACCAGUGAAAUCGUGAUUGUAACUAUUCUUGAUGUUCCUUCAUCUCCAACUGGACCUGUUGACUUUGCAGAAGUUACCGGUAAUUCUUUAGUACUUACAUGGCAACCACCAUUGUAUGAUGGAGGAGCCAUGAUUACCAACUACAAGGUUGAAAGAAAAGAAACACACGGACGCAACUGGACAGUUGUUAGUGACAUUGUCACGAGGACAUGUAUGAAAGUCACAAAAUUAGAAGAAAAUGGAGAAUACAUAUUUAGAAUAUCAGCUGAAAAUCGAUUCGGUGUUGGAAAAUAUUUACUUUCAGAAAGUGUGGUUGUUAAAAACCGUUAUGGUGUACCUGGUCCACCAAGUAGUCCUCAGGUUUUGGAAGUUGUUAGUGAUGCUAUUUCUUUAUGCUGGAUGGAACCAGUCAAUAAUGGUGGAUUGAAUAUAAUUGGAUACAUUGUUGAAAGAAAGGAAAAGAAGGGCAAAAGAUGGAUUAGAGCCACACGCCAACCUGUAAAAGAGACUCGUUUUACCAGCACUGGUCUAAUUGAAGGAAUUGAAUACAUUCACCGUGUCUUUGCUGUGAAUGAAAAGGGAGAGGGCAAACCUAGCAAGGAGACUGUCGCAGUACUUUGCUGUGAUCCAGUUGAUCCCCCAAGUGCACCUCGUAAUCCAAGAGUUGUUGAGAUUACGAAAAGCACUCUAUCUCUUGCAUGGGAUAAACCAGAAUCUGAAGGUGGAUCAAAAGUCUCUGGCUAUUUUAUUGAAAUGCGAAAGGGUGAAGAAUGGUGGGAAAGAUGCAAUACCACUCCCAUACGUUUCACACACUACUCAUUAAAAGGAAUGACUGAUGGAGGCCAAUAUUUAAUUCGAUUAAUGGCUGUUAAUGCUGGUGGUGUUGGUGAUGCAGUAGAAAUGGAAAAACCAAUUGUCAUUAAAGAUGAAAGUGGACUCCCCAAAUUCAUUGUAGAUGAUGAGGUUUGCAACCUUGGAAUUACUGUUGAGCAAGGUGAUAUCCUUUCGAUUCCAGUUAAGUUCAAAUCUCAACCCAAACAAUCUGUUACAUGGUUGAAACAGAAUACCAAAGAUGAGGAUUUCAAAUCUAGAUGCUCCAUUAGUGUCAAUGAAAGUUUUACAGAACUUCUCAUCAAAAAAGUGACCCCAGCUGAUGCUGGAUUUUAUGGAGUGAGGUUGGAAAAUAAAUGCGGAGUGAAAGAGAUCCAAAUUCCUGUUGUAGUUUGCUGUCCACCAGCUGCACCCGAAGGGCCAAUUGUGUUCAGUAACAUUACUCCAAACUCGGUUUCUGUUUCUUGGAAAGAAACUCCCAGCAUUGUUGAAAAAUACAUUGUAAAAUAUCGGGAAGAGAAACAGACAGUUUGGGUCACUGCAGCUGUUGUGACUACAGGAACAAGCUGUACAAUUAAAGGUCUAAUCAAAGAUGAAAGAUACUAUUUCCAAAUUGCAGCAGUUAAUCAAUAUGGCCGAAGUCCUGUGCUUGAAUUAAAUCAGCCUCUGAUACCAACAAUCAAAUUGCUGGUUCCUAAACCACCUCAGCAUGUUGAGAUCAAUGAAGUGACAAAAGAUAAGAUUUGUGUUUCUUGGAUGCCUGUACUGGAAGAUGGGGGAUCUCCAAUAAGCGGUUACUAUGUUCAAUGUAAAGAAGUGUCCUCAGAUUCAUGGUGCAAGAUCAACAAAGUUCUUACAAAGAACAACUGUCUAACUGUACAAGAUGUUGUUGAAAAUGCAGAAUACGAGUUCUGUGUGGUUGCUGUUAACAGUGUGGGAGAUAGUGAACCAUCGGCAACAUCUGAAUCUGUUAUUUGCAAAGAUCCAGAUGAUGUACCCUCUCCUCCAGAAGAUCUUGAGGUCCAAAAUCUUACACGAAACUCUAUUACACUUGCAUGGAACGAGCCUUCAUUCCGAGGAGUAACACCAAUACUUGGUUAUAUUGUUGAAGUUAGGAAACCCGACUCUACAAUUUGGGAGUGCACACAUGAAGUUGCAUUGAUGGAGCCGAACCAUCAAAUAUGUGAACUGGAUGAAGAUACUGCAUAUGAAAUCCGUGUAAUAGCAGUGAAUGACUCUGGCAAAUCCAGGCCUGCCAUAUUUGAAAAGCCGAUUGUGACAAAGAAACCAGUUGGUGAACCACCUCUUAUAUUGGAGCCACUCAGCAAUGAAAACUGCACAGUUGGAGAUACUGCCAUUCUUGCAUGUAGAAUUUCUGGCAAACCAGAACCUAAAAUUUCUUGGUGGAGAAAUGGGGUGGAAAUGUCUACAGGAGGAAACAUUAAAAUCUUAGCAGAGGGUGAAAUGCAUUCUAUUCAUAUUAACAAUGUCACCGUGCUUGAUAGUGGGGAGUAUACUAUCACAGCAAAGAAUUCAAUUGGAAAAGUAGAAAGCAUAUCUUGUGUUGCUGUCAAUGGGUCACCAGUUGUGGAUGACAAAUUCAACUUCCAAGAAAAUAUCUCUAUGAAGGCUGGUGAACAGUUGGAUAUCCAUGUACCCUACCUUGGGUUGCCUAAGGCUGAUGCUAUGUGGAGUAAAGGUGGAUUAUCCGUACAACCGGGAGAAAAUUGUACACUUGAAACUACAAAUAUGUACGCACAUUUGCAAUUAAGUAAUGUCACUCGCUCUGAUUGUGGAAAAUACACUGUAGUAUUGAGCAACAUCCAUGGAAAAAAUACAUAUUCUGUCAAUUGUGAAGUAUAUGACAAACCAACCAAACCAAGAGACCUGGCAUUCUCGGACAUCACAGAUUCUAGCCUUUCGCUCAUAUGGAAUGAGCCAGAAGAUUGUGGAGGGUCUCCUGUGGUUCAAUACAUCAUAGAAAAAUGUGAACAAAAUGUAGAACCAUUGAAAUGGGAGCUUGUGACAUCUCGGGCUGUCAAAACUGAAUACAAGGUUGAAGGUUUGACUCAAAAGCACUCUUAUAUUUUCCGAGUGACUGCAAAGAGUAAAUAUGGACUUUCUGAAGCCAUUGUGAUGGAAGAUCCCAUUAUUAUUCGAACCCCUACUGAUGCUCCUCUAACACCCACAAACAUAUCGGUAAAUGGUAUCACUUCUGAUGCAUGUAUACUGAACUGGAAGCAGCCGAAGACUGAUCGUACCAAGGUCACUAGUUAUAUUGUGGAAAAGCGUGACAAUAAAAAUACUGAAUGGAGUAGUGUAACAAUUGACACAAUUACAGAGACUGUUUGUUGUGUUACUGGAUUGCUUUUAGGACAAACUUAUGAAUUCAGAAUUACAUCUGAAAAUGACAGUGGAAAAUCUGAUCCAUCCGAACCAACACCAUCCAUGACUCCAAAAGAGAAUGUAAGAGUUGUCAAACCACGUUUCAUGGAACAAAUGAGGGACAUUGUAGCCAAACCAGGCCAGAAUGUCACAUUGUUCUCCAAAAUAUCUGGUCAGCCUAAGCCUAUUAUCAAAUGGUACAAGGGUGGGCGUGAAGUCGUGCAAGAUAGCAAACACCAAAUGCGAUAUGGAAGAGGAAAUAAUUACAGUAUGAACAUAAGUAGGGCCUGUAUUGAAGAUGAAGGUCCAUAUACCAUCAGGGCAAUCAAUGUUGGAGGUUCAACAAGUUGCACCAUCAAUAUUACUAUUCAUCUUCCUGCAAGAGUAUUGUUGCCACGUUAUAUGUUAAACGAAGCAACACACUGCAAAGUCCAUGAAUCUGUUAGUUUGAAGGUUCCUAUUGAAGGCUCACCUAUGCCAAAAGUAACUUGGUCUAAAGCUGGUAAACAAAUCACUCAAGAAGUAAGUGGUUACAAUAUUGUAACAACCUCAUCUUCGACAACACUUAUGAUUAAAGAUGCCUGGCGAUCUGAUUCUGGAUUCUACAACAUCACAUUGGAUAAUAGAUUUGGAAGUCAUCAAGCCACUGUUCAGUUGCUAGUAGCAGACAAACCAGGCCAACCAGAACGUCUUAAAGUUUCUGGAAUAUCUAGAGAUUCUGUUGAUCUGUCUUGGACCGCACCUUCAGAUGAUGGUGGAAAGGCAAUUUUAAAAUACAUCAUUGAAAAAUCUUUGGUAAGCAGUGAGAGGUGGAUGAAAGUGUCAUCUUCAAGUACAACACGCUACACCUUGUGUGGUUUGUCUGGCCGAACUAGCUAUCUGUUCAGAAUUCGUGCAGAGAAUGAGUGUGGUCAAAGUAGCCCAUCUACUCCAUCCGGAAUCAUAACAACAAAGGAAGAUCCUACAAUGGCUGCGACAUAUGAUGAAAUGGUGGAUGUUUCUGGAGACGUGGACUCCAAAAAUGCCAAGACACAGACAAAUGUCAAUGUGCUUAGCAAAUACAACUUACUAGAAGAGCUUGGUCGUGGUGCAUUUGGAAAUGUUCACAGAGCCCAGGAAAUUAGUAGUGGUAAAAUUAUGGCAGCUAAGAUUGUAAAAACUGAUGAUGAACACAAUUAUGCCUCAGUAAAAAGAGAAAUUGCGGUAAUGAAGAAAUUAAACCAUCCAAACUUACUUCAAUUACAUGAAAUCUUUGAAGCCAAAGGAGAAUUUACUAUGAUUGUUCAAUUUGUUUCUGGCGGGGAUCUCUUUGAGAGAAUUACCAGCGAUCUCUUUGACCUCACUGAAGACAUCUGCAUCCAGUUGAUUAAACAAAUUACCAUGGGUCUGGCAUUCAUGCAUGAUGCAAAUAUUGUUCAUCUUGACCUAAAGCCGGAAAAUGUCUUAUUUGUGACGAGAAAGAGCAAUAAUCUAAAAUUAGUUGACUUUGGAGCAUCAAGAGAAUUGCGAUCUGGGGAAGCUCUCAAGAUUGCAUAUGGAACACCAGAUUUCUGCGCACCUGAAGUAAUUACAAAUGACUCUGUAGGCCGUGCAACAGACAUGUGGUCUCUUGGUGUCCUCACUUACAUUCUUCUGUCUGGUGUUUCACCAUUCAAAGGUGAAAAUGACUCUGAAACAUUGAAGAAUGUUAGUGAUGCUGAAUGGGAUUUCAAUCAUGAAGCAUGGGCAAAUAUAUCUGAUGAAGCCUUGGACUUUGUUGACAGACUUCUCAUCAGAGAAAAAUGUGAAAGAAUGUUUUCGAGAGAUGCUCUUCUUCAUCCAUGGCUCUCUUCUGAUAUUGAGAAUGUUGAGGAACUUGUGGCUGAGAAAAGAUCUCAAGUCAUACCAACUAUGCUGCAUCGUAAAUUUUUUAAAGCAAACAUAAUAUUUGAAGCAUCUACUGUUGUGGUCUCUCUUGGUCGUUUAGCUUAUGGAGGUUCUCUUCGAUCAUGCAAAGGAAAAUCAGUCUCCAAACUAAAAGUAGAAACCGUUAACAUGAAUCCAUGUCUAGCACCAUUGCAUCAUCAGUUCGUUGCUGAAGGAGGGGAUGCAAAAUUGGAAAGCAAAAUUUAUGAUGCUGAAGGAGAUGAAGAUAUUACUUGGUUCAAAGGCAAUAUCAGAUUGGAAGAAAGUGAAAAAUAUCAAUUCGCUUAUGACGAGGAAUCUGAUAAAUUCUCUCUUAUUGUCAGAGGUGUUCAGAAGUCUGAUGACAGCACAUACAGAUGCAAAGUCGAAAAUGGCUUUGGAACCUCAUCACAGCAAUGUGAAUUGUGUGUGCAAUUGAAAUCUGGUAAAUGGACACGUGUGCCACGUAUCAUAUACAUUUCCAAGCACAAAAAGAUUGCAAAGCGAUCUGGAGGAGAAGUCAUGCGCUCACUAAGACAUGCACCUGAAUUCACCCUUCCUCUGUACAACAGAACCGUCUAUGCGGGAGAGAGUGUAACAUUUUCUGUAACUGUCACUGUUCAUCCAACACCUGAAAUAACAUGGUAUCACAAUGCGCAAAAAGUCAAAAUCAGUUCUGACAACAAAAAAUAUGUUGAAUAUCAAGAGAAAGGACUGUAUAGACUUACUAUUUGUGAUUGUGAUUUCCGGGAUGGUGGCGAUUUGUUGGUCAUAGCAAGAAACAAAUAUGGAGAAGACAUGUGCAAAGCAUCUUUGGUUAUAAAACGUAAACCAUCGCAAGCUGAAGUCAGUCUUCGACCAACUUUCAGAAGACUUAUGGCAAAUCAAUAUGUUCAUGAAGGCCAGUCUGCAAAAUUUGAUAUUAGAGUGGCUGGUUAUCCAAAGCCUGAAGUUACAUGGGAAAAAGAUGGAAAGCUUUUGCGAGCAGACAAUCAUCAUGAAAUGGUGUGGGAAGACCAGCAGUCUUGUUAUCUUUUGAUAAAGGAUGUCUUCCGACCUGAUGCAGGAAUGUAUAAAGCAACUGCUAGAAAUUCAGCUGGAGCAGCAAGUAGCAAGGCUUUACUUAGCAUCAAAAAGCCCAUUAAACGAAUCGAUGAAUAUGUUACUUUUAGUCCUUUUGAAAGCAAAGGUUACAAGAAGGCUGAUAUAUUGGCUGCUCUCAAAGGGGGUGAUACUGAUCAGAAUUUGCCAGAAUCAGCUCGGCUAGCUCUUUUGACUGCAUCAUCAUUAGUUCGAUCUGGACAGAAUGCAAGCUCAUUCUUGGAAGACGAAGAUGCUGAAGAAAAAAGAGCUAAAAUCAAAUACGAUAAAUUAGUUGCCAGUUUGCCAUACUCUGUACCACAACCAAUUGAGCAUAAUGAUAACAUUCUGGAGGAAGACAAGGAGCUUUUAUCAUAUGAACCAAGAAGUGCUACGAGAUGGUACAGAAAGGUUCAAGCUUCAAAUGAAUUAUAUAUCGGCCCUGACAUGUCUCGUGGUUCCCAAAGAAGCUACAGAGUUAAGAAGCAUGUGAAUCCUGAUAAGGCGUAUGUUAUUCCUGAGAGGCGAAUUACGACAAUGAAGGUUCCAACACAGGAAAACUUUGAAGAAGAUCCCAAAUCUGCAGUAGCAAGAUUCAAAAAUCCCACAAAGACUGAAGAUGAAUCUCGUUUUGAAUUGCGGAGAAAAUUCUAUCAUCCAAUGGCAGAUGAUGAAAAGUACUUGCAACCUGUGGAUGAAUAUCUUAUGGAACAAUCGAGCAUUGAAUAUUUAGCAGAGGAAGCCGCCAUGGACUCUGCACCAAUCAGGGUUCGGAGACAAAAUUCAGACAAAGAUGUUAGUAUCUCGCCAGAGUUAACUUACACUAUCCCUUCGAAGGAUUUGGAAACCAGAUCGUUUUCCAAGAUGCGUGAAAGGCAUGAUGCAGUAGAAAAUAUAGGAAAAUCAAGAUCCAGCAUGAAAAAAGAUCCCUCGGAAGAUAACAUUCUACGGCCCAUGGCUUUAAAAAUAUCUCAGUAUGGCAGUAGGCAGAAAACUGAAAUACCUUCUCUGAGUACUUCAUCCGAAGAAAUUGGGGGAAUGUCAUGGUAUCAAAAACGACUUCAAAAGAUGAAAAUGAAACCAACAGCCGAAGAACUAGCAUAUGAAGAAGGUUAUGAAUGCGAAGUUUCUAAUCCCAAACUGCCUAAGGCUACACUUAAGAACUUCACACAGGGAAGCACAGCUGUCCGCAGAAGAUCAUUCGAAUUUGAAGAAUUGACGAGACCUGUGUCAGAAAUGUUUCCAGAGAGAAAAAGGUGGUCAUCAUCCUCUUCUUCAAGUUCUAGUGACAUUGAUGAUGAAGUGACUAAAACAUCACCAAGGGUUACUAAAUCUGGAGUCAGAUUCUCUGAACUCUCUCCAGAAAAUUCCAAAGGCAGAUCAACUCAUGAAGCACCAAAAUUUCAGUUAAAAAUGAGAUCUCAUGUGGUAUCUGCUGGAAUGAACACAAAAUUCACUGCAGCGGUGAAGGCGAUGCCUCAGGCCAACAUUCGCUGGCAAAAAGAUGGCAUGUUGAUUUUUGCUGAUGGUGACAAAUACAGAAUGUCAGAUGUUAAUGGUGUCAUCUCUCUUGAAAUCAAGAACUGUGGUCGCGAAGAUACAGGAUCAUACAGAUGUCUGGCCCGCAAUGAACAUGGAGAGGUUUCUGCAUACGCCACUUUGGAAGUAACUGGGAGCAAUUCAAGAGACUACAAGCGAAGACCAAAGUCGACUAUGAAUGAUGAUGAUUGGAGAAGGCAUUAACUGCCAUCCAAACAUUCAGAAUAUAUUGGCUCAGUUUGAUGAUGGAUGUCAGUCUAAUUUUUCGAAUGACUUUCUGAAAUACUUAAUUCUAAAAUGUUUGAAACAGUAUGUACUGAUUUUAUGCUCGUGUGCUUCUUAUACAGCGGAAUAUUUUAUACACAGCAAGUGUUAAUGCAUGUUGUAAACUUGUUGUUUUUAUGAUUUUAUUGUAACUUAUGUAAAUACAAAGUUGCUUGCCUCAAAUAUAAUCACAAGUUCAUUUUAUUUAUUUUUUAAAAAUUAUUGUCAUAGUGUUCUAGUCGAUUACUUAUCAUAUUUCAUUGACUGAAUUUAAAGUUUGAUAUGUGCCAAGAAACGCUUUGAAAUUUCGUGAACAGUUUUAUUCAAGAAUUUUUGCCCACAAUUUGUGGAUAAUAAAUGGUCAUUGACCACAAGUAUGAUGCA